AUGGCGGAGGCGGGGGCGGGGGCGCGGGCGUACGGAUGCGGCGGAGGAGAAGAGUCGGCGGCGGCGGCGGCGGGGGGGAUGGUGCUGAGCUGGGAGGCGGCGGUGCAGUCGCUGAACGGGAUAAUCCAGCUGCACUUCGAGAAGACGCUGGAGAAGAAGCGGGCGGUGGACGCGCAGAAGCAGGAGCUGUGGCGGCUGCUCGUGGGCUUCUUCGUCUUCCUGGCGGUGGCGUCCGUCAGCUGGGGUGGGGGUGGGGGUGGGGGUGGGGGGCGGAUGGCGUGCCGGCACGUGUGGGCGCCGGUGGGGCUGCUGACGCUGGGGCACGCCGCCGUCUACGCGGCGGUGGCGCACCACCUCCGCUGCAUCAACGGCUUCCGCUACCAGCGCCGCUGCCACAAGCUCACCCUCGCCCUCGCCACCGACCGCCUCAAGCACAUCAAGGCCAGGUACUCCCUCCCCAACUUUGGAGCGGGAGGGGAGCCGCCGCCGGUGAUGGCGGGGGAGAUUGAGAUCCCGUACCAGGAGCCGCCGGAGAGCUACUUGGGCAAGUUCAAGCGGAGCUGGGCCAUGCAUUUCGGCUUCCUCAUGUGCACGUUCGGCUUCAUGGUCUCCUCUGCCGUGGUGAUCCUCUGCUUCUAGAAGCUUGCGGAACCUUCUAGAAGAUACGAUUGGGCCGUGGAUGCGUUGCGUUUUGGGGUUUGGAGGGCGUUGAGAGAGUUCGAUGAGUGGAGGAGAGAUGGGAAGGGGAUGUGGAAAUGGUGGGAAAGGGUUAGUUUAUUAUUAGAGUAUUUAGUGGUAGCUAGGUUUUGUGUGUCCAUUUAGUUGUAGGAAA